AUGAGUGGACAUAAAUUUGCUUAAACCAGUAGAAAACCACAAAGCAUUAUCUGCUAAUAAAAGAUAAUAAAAUCAUAAACCUCUUCAGCUGUACUUUUCUACAUCCAUGGAGCUCCAGUUUCCUUCAAUUCCUCUGCUCUUAUCUUUCCUCCUCUUCGUUUUCAUGGUAUUCAAAAUUGCCAAGAAAACCAGAUCCAAGACUUCGAGUCCAAAGCUUCCCCCGGGGCCAUGGAAGCUCCCUCUCAUAGGAAACAUGCACCAACUUGCAGUUUCAGGCUCACUACCCCACCACAUCUUGAGAGAGAUGGCUAGAAAAUACGGGCCGUUGAUGCUCCUAAAACUCGGCAAGGUCUCCACCAUCAUCAUCACUUCACCGGAAAUCGCCAAAGAGGUUUUGAAAACACAUGACAUCAUCUUUGCUCAAAGGCCUUUCCUUCUUGCUUCAAGAAUUCUAUCUUAUGAUGCCACAAACAUCGUGUUUUCGCCCUACGGUGAUUACUGGAGACAAAUGAGGAAAAUAUGUGUGAUGGAACUUUUAAGCUCAAAGCGCGUCCAAACAUUUCAGGGUAUCAGGGAAGAAGAGGUCUCGAAUCUCAUCAGGUCAAUUUCACAAGAAAGGGAAUUACACAUCAAUCUAAGCAAGAAAAUUUACUCCUUGACAUUUGGGAUUGUUGGUAGAGCGGCAUUUGGGAAGAAAAGCAAAUACCAAGAAGAACUCAUUUCCAUUGUCGAGGAGGCUAAGCCCUUGGUAGCAGGCUUCACUAUUGUUGACAUGUACCCAUCAGUGAAACUGCUUGAAGUGAUCACCGGAUUUAGGCGUAAGCUUGAGGUAAUGAGCGAAAAACUGGAUCAGGUACUUGAAAGCACUGUUAGGGAGCAUAAAGAAAGAAAGAAAGCAGAAAGUGGAAAAGGAGAAGCAGAAGGAGAGGAUCUAGUCGACGUUCUUCUAAGAAUUCAGAAGCAAGGUGACCUUGAAUUUCCAUUGACCGAUGAUAACAUCAAAGCAGUCCUCUUGGAUAUUAUCACUGCUGGAAGCGAGACGUCAUCAACAAUUGUAGAGUGGGCAAUGUCAGAACUGCUGAAAAACCCGCUACUGCUGAAAAGAGCACAAGAUGAAGUUAGAGAUGUGUUCGAUAAGAAAGGAAAUGUUGAUGAAACAGGCCUUCGCGAAUUAAAGUACUUGAACUCAAUAGUCAAAGAAACCUUGAGGCUACAUCCCUCUGCACCUCUGUUAGUUCCUAGAGAAUCGAGUGAAAAAUGCAUAGUCAGCGGAUAUGAGAUACCUGCCAAGACUAAAGUCAUUGUUAAUGCGUGGGCUAUUGGGCGAGAUCCCACAUACUGGACUGAAGCAGAGAAGUUUGAUCCAGAGAGGUUCAUCGACAGUGAAAUCGAUUACAAAGGAACAGAUUUCAAAUAUAUCCCAUUUGGCGCUGGAAGAAGGAUAUGCCCAGGCAUAUCAUUUGCUCUUCCUAACAUGGAGCUCCCACUUGCACAGUUGCUGUACCACUUCGAUUGGAAACUCCCCAACGGAAUGAAACACGAAGAGCUAGACAUGGAAGAGAGAUUCGGUCUGACUGUAAGAAGAAAGCAUGAUCUUUACUUGAUUCCCAUUCCUUAUAAUCAUCGUUCUCCUGAUAAAUAAGGCCACAAGGGAUUCAUGUUAGAUUUUUAUUUCAGAUUGUCCAAUCUUUGCACUUGCUGUAGUAGACAGUACGAACGAACUAAGAAGUUAUCGAUUCGUAGAUGGAUAACUGUUAUCCUUGUAUGUGAGAUAUUAAGUUCUGGUCACGGUAAAGCAUCCUUAAUGAAUGUCAGUGUUUCAAUUC